UGAGGAUCGAUACCUGCAGUUAUAUAGUAAAAAAUAAUUUAUACACAAGGAGUUUGGGGCGACAGAGAAAGCCAUCAUACCAGAAUGUUCGGCUGCCUGACGAAUCGCGUGGUUUGGGUGUCCUUCCUGCUAAAUGUAAUUCUUGGAUGCUGGAUUGUCUACUUUACGUCAAAAGCUGCUAGUCACCGAAAGACUCCUUCGGAUCUUCUUUUUUUGGGUCAUCGAUUACCUUCAAUCUUUCAAAAUGCAACAGAAAAUCACUGGAAGUUUCCAAUUGAUUUCGAGAACGCCACUGCAGUAUUCAAUAGUGUAUACGGGGCUACUAAAGAAAAGGACUCCAACAUGAAUCCUGUCGGGGUUAACUUCUUUCCUGCUUAUAUUGCUCCCAAUACAUUUAUGUAUCACAGUCGGGAUGACCCAAGGAUACCUGAACUGUAUGAAUGGCUUGCCAUGGAUUACGAAUUCAGCUAUAGCUUUGCCUCUUUUGGACGUGGAAUCCCCAGAAGACAUACGGAUGGGCCCGGUAAGCCAGGAAGUCCAGAAAGGCCUUCCCCUGGCCUGCCUGGAGGCAGAGCUCUGCGGAAGGAUCCACCUAAAAUAUCCAGCCCAGAAGCAUUGAAACACAAUAUCAAUUUGGAAAAGCAAUUUCCAGAGAAAAAGCAAUCCUACUUGUUCACUUUCAAGAACAAACAUCCAUUAGACAAGUUAAUCUUCUUAGAUGGAGAUUCAGCCGCCAAAUCUACAACAGGUGAGAUGGAUCAGCAAAUGAUACUCAGUCAACAGGAGGAUGUAGAUGGUUAUGUCAAUGAAAGGGAAGCAGCAGAUAGAAUUUGCAAAUGGGGAAGCGCAUUUGGAUUACAAGGCAUAGUUCGCCUUGAGGUCGGAUUCGAAUUAAUCUUGUGUGAUUUUCAUCGAGACCUUGAGCUCAUCUCCAAUGUCACGUUGUACAACACUACUAAUUUGGCUGGAUUCCCCUGCGAAAUACCGGAGCCUAAAAGCGGCUUGGAGAAGUCCAGAAGUAGGCUCAUGGAUGGUUGGCAAUCCAUGAGUAGAUUUGAGUGGAUGAGAUCAGGUGCGGAUGUAAAUGAUGGUGACGAAAGAAUAUUGGUUGAUUUUUCGAAUAUGGUUACACCAUUGAAUAAGACAUGGAUUGACCCCGAUCCUUAUCAAAGAAGAAUCAACACAAUUCCCCAGGACCUUAAAAACAGUAUUCUCAUAGAACUUGAGAGUACCAUAUCCAAAGGUGUGAACCCCUUCCAUCGCACCAACUGGCCUCAAAUCAUCGGCCAUAUCGUCAACAAGUUUUCACCCAUGCUUUUGAAUUUGAACAACACUCUCGCUAUUUUUGAAAGCUCUCCGGAUUCAGAUUUAGCACUGGCAUUAAAAAGAGCUUCUGAAAGUAUUUCAACGUCCACUUUUAAUUUCAUCAGAAGAUAUAGCGAUGAAGAUAUUACGGAUGAUAAUAAUCGAAGUUUUAUGGCUUUACGAUUUGCAGUGGAAGAUUAUGUUCACAACACAUUUGAAAUUCAAACUCAACUGGAUCGGUUAAUCUAUUCAUCUGUGUACAAAGUCACUAAAGAAAUCAUCGAUGCAAUAUUCAGAUUACAUGCUGUUUCUAUAGCUAUCCUUCCAGACUUUUACGUGGUGCCAACUGUCAAUAAUUACACCGAACACAAAGAGGCCAUUUUACGGGAGAAUAGGUCUCUCCAAGCGCUUUUGAAAUCCUUGAGGUGGUCAGCUUUCACCAGAUGCUCUCGAAAGUGUGGUUGGAAUGAGGUUUGUGCUGUGCCAGGAUGGGGUCCAGGGCCAAUGGGCUGGAUGUUUGGCAACGAAAAAUACUUGCACUACGAACUGGGCAGCUACAGGGUGAAUAAGGAGCUACAAUGUGUGAGUAUCAAAGAUUUGUGAUGAUGAAAGAAUUUAUUGUUCUAGAAUAUAUAGAAAUGCUUUUAAUGUGAGCUGCUAUGCAAUGAAGCCAGCUUCAUACAGUGGU